GAAGAAGUGGAACUUGUGGAGAAAAAAGGGAAUGAAGCCUCCACUUCCGGAACUAAAACGGGCAACCAGGGAGCCGCCAGAAUUGGCGACAGAAAAGCCGGGAUGAUGCAGGAGGACGGAGGAUGGCGGCGGAUGCAGGAAAGAGGCGCCGCCCAGGAGGAGGAGGAGGAGGAGAGCGGGCCCCGCAGAGCAGCCCUGACCGGUCCCGGCGCGGCUUCCCCAGGAGACAGUGGGGAAAGGCCAGCGGGCUCCGGGGCUGCAGGAGGGAGGAGCCCAGGGGGAGCCCGGGAAAGACGGCUGCCUGGAGGGCGAUGCGGGGAGGAGGAAAUGGGCGGAGACCCCGAGACGGGCCUGGAGGGCGGAGGCUCCUUCCGAAGACCCCGAAAGCCCCGAAGGAUCCAGGAGGAAGCAAAGGAACAUCAGUGCCCGGAAUGUGGAAAAACCUUCAAAAAUAAUGAAAAUCUGGAAAAUCAUCUCAGGAUCCACUCAAGAAAGAAUCCAUUUGAAUGCACGGAGUGUGGAAAGAGCUUCAAUUAUAGGAGCAACUUUGAUAGACAUCUAAGAAUCCACACAGGAGAAAAGCCUCAUAAAUGUCUGGAGGGUGGAGGGUCCUUCGGAAGACGCAAGAAUCCGCAAAGGAUCCGGAUGGGAGGAAAGAAAUAUCAGUGCCCCGAAUGUGAAAAAUCCUUCAAAAGAAAUGGAGAUCUUCAAAGGCAUCUAAGGGUUCACUCAGGAGAAAAGAAAUACGGAUGCCCGGAAUGUGAAAAAUCCUUCAAAAAAAAUAGGGAACUUGAAGACCAUCUAAGAAUCCACACAGGAGAGAGACCAUUUAAAUGCUUUGAGUGUGGAAAGAGCUUCCGUCAUAGGGGAAACCUUUACAGACAUCAAAGGAUCCAUUUGACAGAGAAACUGAAUAAAUGCCUGGAGUGUGGAAAGAGCUUCCAUCAGAGGGGACAUCUUUAUAGACAUCAAAGGAUCCAUUUGAUAGAGAAACCGAAUGAAUGCCUGGAGGGCGAAGAAUCCUUUGGAAGACCCGGAAAUCCCCAAAGGAUCCAGGUGGGAAGAAAGAAAUAUCAGUGCCCCGAAUGUGAAAAAUCCUUCAAAAGAAAUGACCUUCUUAAAAGGCAUCUAAGUAGCCACUCAAGAGAAAAGAAAUACGAAUGCCCAGAAUGUGAAAAAUUCUUCAAAAGAAAAGACCAUCUUCAAAGACAUCUAAGGAUCCACUCAGGAGAAAAAUCUCACAAAUGCCUGGAGUGUGGAAGGAGCUUCAGUCAGAGGAGCAGCCUUUAUAGACAUCAGAGGAUCCAUUUACAAGAAGAGUAUGAAUGUGGGGAAUGUAAAAAAUCCUUCAAAACAAUUCAAAUCCUUGAAAAACAUCUAAGAAUCCACAAGCCGAAUAUAUGCCUGGAGUGUGGAAAGAGCUUCAGUCAAAGGGGAAGUCUUGACACCCAUCAAAGAAUCCACACAGGAGAAAAACCCUACAAAUGCCUGGAGUGUGGAAAGAGCUUCACUAAUGGUUCAAACCUCUGUCGACAUCAAAGAGUCCACACAGGAGAAAAACCACAUAAAUGCCUCGAAUGUGGAAAGUGUUUCAGUACGAGAGGAGCUCUGUACGGACAUCAAAUAAUUCACACAGGAGAAAAACCGCAUAAAUGUCUGCAGUGUGGAAAGAGCUUCAGUCAGAAAGGAACCCUUGACGGACAUCAAAGAAUCCACUCAGGAGAAAAACCCUACAAAUGCCUGGAGUGUGGAAAGAGCUUUAUUGAGCCUAGUAGCCUCCGUCAACACCAAAGAAUUCACACAGGAGAAAAACCACAUAAAUGUCAGCAUUGUGCAAAGAGUUUCAGUCGGAGAGGACACCUUAAGAGACAUCAAAGAAUCCACUCAUGGGAGAAACCAUAUAAAUGUCUGGAGUGUGGAAAAAGCUUCAGUCAGAGAGGAAAACUUUCACUGCACCAAACAAUCCAUUCAGGAGAAAAACCACAUAAAUGCCUGGAGUGUGGAAAGAGCUAUACUCAGCGUCGGGGCCUCCAACAACACCAAAUAAUUCACGUGGGAGAAAAAUUAUAAACAUGAGUGUGAAAAACCUUCGGUCCCAGAGUGUAUCUCAGGAAUUGAAUUGAAUUGCGUAUUAAAUUUGGCCAAGUGUGAAUAGGCACACUAGGAAUUUGUCUUAAGCUCUCAGUGUACAUACAAAGCAUCAGAAUAAUGAUAUUCAUGAUAAUUAUAAUAAUUCCAAUAUGAGGGUGGAAUAAAGAAGAUAUUAAGAAGGGUAAAUAAUAACUGCCAAAUAAGGGACUUUCCCAGGCUGAAUAAUAAAGGGCUUUUUCAAUUGUACAUACGAGAUGUUUCAACUGGCUGAAAUUGUCCCUUUUCACAACAGACUUUCCUGACUCAUGAUGCCAUUUCCCAUCUGGACGUUCUUUUAAUGCAAGGCUCAUUAUUGUAAUAUGGGAUGUUAAUUUCCAUGUCUCUGAUGUAACUGUAACUGAGCAAUGUGAUUUCUUCCAGGGUGGAUUUGAUUUAAAUCACGUUGAUUUAAAUCACGUCAAUUUAAAUCAUGAUAUAAAUCACUAUUAAAAAUACUUUAUUUAUAUCAACUUUUAAAUCAUAAUUUUUAAAAAGCAACUGUCAUGUCUGUCCCGCAGCAGCUCCUCCUCUGAGCCGCUGUUGACUCGCCGACAGUCCCAUUCAUUUUCAUAGGACGGCUGUGAUGCAUCAGUGACACAACCAGGUGAGGGACGUGGCUGGCAGCAGGUGAGUGGAUGCCCUCUCACAGGCCCUGCCAUGAUGGAUCUGAAAUGACAGGUGCUCUUUAAUCGUAUAUUUAUAAGCUGCUUAGAAGGUUUCACUUCCAUUUUUACUGCUUGCCCUUCCCCCUCACACUUAGAGGCUGAGGGUACAGAUGCAUUUCUUUCCAAACAAUCAUACAAUUUGUAGUGUAUAUACAGUAUAUUUGAAGAAAAAUGGGGAAAAGGAAUAUUCCUGCCCUUUGCUUUAUGAUUAAUCUCAUGGUUACUGUGAAAUUGUGUGAAUACAUCAAUGCAGUCCAUGUUAUCUCAGCUUGCAGAGCUUGGAUUCAUUGAAUGAGUUUCCCAGAAAUUUAAAUAUUGCAGAAAUAUACAGCUUCAUGCUACAUAACUAAGCUCCAUUUCAUGCUCAAUAAACUAAAUUAUUAAUGCAUCUUAAAUUUAAAACUACCUUUAGAUCGAUUAUUACAUCAAAAGCAUUUUAUUAAAAUGAAUUUGAUAAAAAUAAAAAGAUCAAUUUCAAUAAAAACUAUUUUUAAAAAAAUUUGAAUCAAUUUUUCUCCACUGAUUUCUUCUAAGCAAUCAAUUCUUAUUUUGUACUUUUUCUACUGUAUGGAGUAUAAAAUGAAACCUGAUUCUCUGUCCGGGAUUCCUUCUUUUCCUUGAGGGAAAUCUCUUAAUAAGUUGCCUUUAAAUGGUCAUCCCACUCAGAUCCUAAUUGGAGCAAGUGUGCUGUGGCUGAAUCUAGGGCUCAUUUGACCUUUAUUGUUGGGGGUGCAAAGGAGCUUCUCCCUGUCAUUGUUUGAUAUAAUCUAUGUGGAUUUCCCAAGUGUGGGGACCUAUUAAGACCAUCCCCAGGCAUCUGAAGCUGUCAGUUGGAUUCCCUGAAUGGUCCCCUUCUCUUCCAGCAGAAACUGCUAAAGGGAUUCUCUAA